AUGGUGCAAGUCCCUCCGCCGACGCUGGCGGCUGUCGACGUGGCCGAGAUGGAGCUCUGGGAGCGCGAGUCAGCGCCUGCGUUCCAGUACACUGUCCGAGUCGGCAACCUCGUCAAGCGCCUCACGGCGAUCCAAGACCGUAGCCUCUGCACGACGGAGAAGCCCGCCGUUGCAUCGCAUGGCCACUGCGUCUGGGACGCUGCACUCGUGCUGGCCGAGUACCUACAGCGCCACGCGCAGCCCUGGCAGCAAGCCGUCGAGCUCGGCGCCGGCGUCGGCCUCGUGGGCAUGACGCUCUCGGCCAUCGGCGUCACCGACGUCGUCCUCACUGACCAAGCGUACUGUCUUCCGCUGCUGCAAAAGAACGUCGAGUACAACUUUGGCGCCGACCGCCGUCCUCGCGUGCUGGAGCUGCAGUGGGGCGAGGCCGAGACGAAUCUGUCGCCGGACGUCGUCGUCGCGUCGGACAUUCUGUACAAUGCCAGUGUCUUUCCGCUACUGGUGCGGACGAUCUGCCAGCUACUUGCGUCACCAGAGAGCGUCAUGUUUAUGACCUACGAGACGCGGAACGCGGCCAUGGAAGCGGACUUCAUCCAGCAACUCGAGGCGCAAGGGCUGCAUUGCGACUGUGUUUCGCUCGACCACGCCCGGUAUGCGACCCUCGUGCCCUACCCCGAGGAGAUUUUUCUGUAUCGAAUUUCACCUAUUACCAAAUAAAGCUUAAAGAGCGCACUUCGUGUA